AUGAUGGACAUGUCGGAUUUCGGGGAGGCAGCUCCCUUCCUUAGAAAAAGUGAUAAGGAGUUGAUGUUGCGACAGACAGUGGCCUUUGAUGGAAAGAAGAAAUGUUGGACAGAUGAGAAGGAAGCUUAUGUGGAAGCCGAAAUCAAAGAGUCUGCUGGUGGCAAAGUCACUGUUGAGACUGCAGGUGAAAGAAUACUGAAUAAUAUUUUUCUUUGUGUUAAGACGGUUGUCGUAAAGGAGGAUGAUGCCCAGCCGAUGAACCCUCCAAAGUUUGACAUGAUUGAAGAUAUGGCCAUGUUAACACAUUUGAAUGAGGCAUCUGUGUUGUCUAAUCUACGUAAACGCUAUUCCAACUGGAUGAUCUAUACGUACUCAGGCCUCUUUUGCGUGACUUUGAAUCCAUAUAAAUGGCUUCCAGUUUAUAAACCUGAAGUAGUCUCUGCCUAUAGGGGCAAAAGGCGUUCAGAAGCACCUCCUCAUAUCUUCUCCAUUGCUGAUAAUGCUUAUCAUGACAUGUUACGCAAUCGGGAAAAUCAAUCAAUGUUGAUCACUGGUGAAUCUGGAGCUGGCAAGACUGUGAACACGAAACGUGUUAUUCAGUACUUUGCCACUGUUGCUGCUGUUGGUGAUCAUACUGGGAAAAAGAAUCAGCAACUUGCUACGAAGACUGGGGGAACACUGGAGGACCAAAUUAUUCAGGCAAACCCAGCUCUGGAAGCAUUUGGAAAUGCCAAAACACUAAGAAAUGACAACUCCUCUCGUUUUGGUAAAUUUAUAAGAAUUCACUUUGGUACCACUGGCAAGUUAUCUUCAGCUGACAUAGAGAUUUAUUUACUGGAAAAAUCCAGAGUAAUUUUCCAGCAGCCUGGUGAAAGAAGUUACCACAUUUUUUACCAGAUUACUACUGGGAAGAAGAGUGAGCUGCAAGAUAUGUUGCUUGUGAGCACAAACCCGUAUGAUUUUCACUUCAGCUCUCAAGGUGCUGUUACAGUAGAAAAUUUAGAUGAUGGUGAAGAAUUAAUGGCAACAGAUGAAGCUUUUGAUAUAUUGGGGUUUCUUUCUGAGGAAAAGUUUGGCGCUUUCAAGCUGACAGGUUCAAUAAUGCAUUUUGGCAAUAUGAAAUUUAAGCAAAAACAAAGAGAAGAACAAGCGGAGCCAGAUGGUACUGAAAAUACGGAUAAGGCUGCUUAUCUGAUGGGCAUCAGUUCUUCUGACCUUGUAAAGGGCCUUAUGCAUCCUCGAGUAAAAGUUGGCAAUGAGUAUGUGACCAAAGGUCAAACAGUAGAACAGGUAGUUUAUUCAGUUGGGGCAUUAGCCAAAGGUGUAUAUGAUAGAAUGUUUAAAUGGCUGGUGGUCCGGAUUAACAAAACUCUGGAUACAAAACUCCCAAGGCAGUUCUUCAUUGGUGUCCUGGAUAUUGCUGGAUUUGAAAUUUUUGAUUAUAACAGCUUUGAACAACUUUGCAUCAAUUUUACAAAUGAAAAACUGCAACAGUUUUUCAACCACCACAUGUUUGUCUUGGAACAAGAAGAAUAUAAGAAAGAAGGUAUUGAAUGGGAAUUUAUUGAUUUUGGACUGGACUUGCAAGCUUGUAUUGAUCUGAUUGAAAAGCCAAUGGGAAUUUUGUCAAUUCUGGAGGAGGAGUGCAUGUUCCCUAAGGCUACCGACAUGACUUUCAAAUCCAAGCUUUAUGACAACCAUCUUGGAAAAUCACCUAAUUUCCAAAAACCUAGACCUGACAAGAAAAGGAAAUGUGAAGCGCAUUUUGAACUUGCGCACUAUGCUGGUGUGGUCCCAUAUAACAUUGUUGGCUGGCUGGAAAAGAAUAAAGAUCCACUUAAUGAAACAGUUGUUGGUCUCUUCCAAAAAUCUUCCAACAAACUUCUUGCGUGCCUGUUUGAAAACUAUAUCUGUUCAGAUAGUGGUGAUCCUCCGAAUCAGGGAACUGAGAAGAAACGGAAGAAAGGUGCUUCAUUUCAGACUGUGUCAUCAAUGCAUAAAGAAAAUCUUAAUAAGCUAAUGACAAAUCUUAGGGCCACGGCCCCUCAUUUUGUGCGCUGCAUCAUUCCUAAUGAAACUAAGACGCCAGGUGCAAUGGACCCUUAUCUGGUUCUUCAUCAACUACGCUGUAAUGGUGUCCUUGAGGGAAUUCGUAUUUGCCGCAAAGGAUUUCCAAACAGAGUGCUGUACGCUGACUUCAAGCAGAGGUAUCGAAUUUUGAACCCAACUGCUAUUCCUGAAGACAAGUUUGUUGACAGCAGAAAAGCAUCUGAAAAGCUAAUGGGUACCUUAGACAUUGACCACAGUCAGUAUCGCUUCGGCCAUACCAAGGUAUUUUUUAAAGCUGGUCUGCUGGGUCAUCUGGAGGAAAUGAGAGAUGAAAGAUUAGCUAAAAUUCUUACACUAAUUCAAGCAAGAGCUAGGGGAAAACUAAUGAGAAUUGAAUUCCAAAAGAUUGUCGAAAGAAGGGAUGCACUGCUGAUUAUCCAAUGGAACAUUCGUGCCUUCAUGACUGUCAAGAAUUGGCCUUGGAUGAAGCUUUUCUUCAAGAUUAAGCCUUUGCUGAAAUCUGCAGAAACUGAAAAGGAAAUGGCAAACAUGAAGGAAGAAUUCUUACAACUAAAAGAAGCUUUGGAAAAAUCUGAAGCCAGGAGAAAAGAACUUGAGGAAAAACAAGUUUCUUUGGUGCAGGAAAAAAAUGAUCUGACUCUCCAGUUGCAAGCAGAACAAGACACUUUAGCUGAUGCUGAAGAACGAUGUGACUUGCUAAUUAAAUCAAAGAUCCAAAUGGAAUCUAAAAUCAAAGACCUUACCGAACGCAUAGAAGAUGAGGAAGAAAUGAACUCAGAACUGUCAGCUAAAAAAAGGAAACUGGAAGAUGAGUGCUCCGAACUAAAAAAAGAUAUCGAUGACCUUGAGAUUACUUUAGCAAAAGCAGAAAAAGAAAAACAUGCAACUGAAAACAAGGUCAAAAACUUAACUGAAGAAAUGGCAUCGCUUGAUGAAACCAUUAAUAAAUUGACAAAAGAGAAAAAAGCUUUACAAGAAGCCCAUCAGCAGACCUUGGAUGAUCUUCAGGCAGAGGAAGACAAAGUCAAUUCUCUGACCAAACUGAAAACAAAACUUGAACAGCAAGUAGAUGAUUUGGAAGGAUCUUUGGAACAAGAAAAAAAAGUGAGAAUGGAUUUGGAAAGGGCGAAACGUAAGCUAGAAGGAGACCUGAAGCUUACACAAGAGAGCCUAAUGGAUUCAGAAAAUGAUAAACAGCAAAUAGAGGAAAAAUUAAAGAAGAAAGACUUUGAAAUCAAUCAGCUGACUUCCAAAAUGGAAGAUGAGCAGUCAAUUGUGGCCCAGCUUCAAAAGAAGAUAAAGGAGCUGCAAGCCCGGAUAGAAGAGUUAGAAGAAGAACUAGAAGCAGAAAGAGCAGCACGUGCAAAGAUAGAAAAGCAGAGAUCUGAUUUAUCUAGAGAACUGGAAGAAUUGAGUGAAAGGCUUGAAGAAGCUGGAGGAGCCUCAUCAGCCCAAAUAGAAAUGAACAAGAAGCGAGAGGCUGAAUACCUAAAACUGCGCCGAGAUCUUGAGGAAGCAACUCUGCAUCAUGAGGCCACGGCAGCAGCCCUUAGAAAGAAACAUGCAGACAGUGUCGCAGAGCUGAGUGAGCAAAUUGACAAUCUGCAAAGGGUUAAACAGAAACUGGAAAAAGAAAAGAGUGAACUUAAACUAGAAGCAGAUGAUCUGUCAUCCAACAUGGAACAGUUAGUGAAAGCUAAGGGAAUAUCAGAAAAACUUUGCCGCACAUAUGAAGACCAACUAAAUGAAACUAAAGCUAAACUGGACGAGACAACUCGCCAAGCCAAUGACCUCACCUCCCAAAAAGGAAGGUUUCAAACUGAAAAUGGAGAACUGACAAGGCUUCUUGAAGAGAAAGAAUCAUUAAUAAGUCAGUUGUCUCGAGGGAAAUCUUCUUUCACUCAACAAAUUGAAGAACUUAGAAGACAACUUGAUGAGGAGACAAAGGCCAAAAAUGCACUAGCCCAUGCACUGCAGUCUGCCAGACAUGACUGUGAUCUCCUCCGUGAACAAUAUGAUGAAGAGCAAGAGGCUAAAGCUGAGCUACAAAGAGGGCUGUCCAAGGGAAAUGCUGAAGUUGCACUUUGGAGAACCAAAUAUGAAACAGAUGCUAUUCAGAGGACAGAAGAACUAGAAGAAGCAAAGAAAAAGCUAGCAGCACGCCUUCAGGAGGCAGAAGAAGCAGUUGAGGCAGCUAAUGCAAAGUGUGCGUCUCUUGAAAAAACAAAGCAUCGCUUGCAGAGUGAGCUGGAGGACAUGAUGGUUGACUUAGAAAGGUCAAAUGCAGCAGCUGCUGCCAUGGACAAGAAACAGAGAAACUUUGAUAAAUUUAUUGCUGAUUGGAAGCAGAAGUAUGAGGAAGCCCAGGCAGAGCUUGAGUCCUCACAAAAGGAGGCACGAAACCUUAGCACAGAACUGUUUAAACUAAAGAAUGCCUAUGAAGAAGUCCUGGAUAAUUUGGAGACUGUAAAAAGAGAAAACAAAAAUCUGCAAGAGGAAAUUUCUGAUUUGACUGACCAAAUAAGUGAAGGAAACAAGAACCUUCAUGAAAUAGAAAAAGUAAAGAAGCAGGUAGAGCAAGAGAAGUCAGAGGUGCAGAUGGCACUGGAGGAAGCAGAGGGUGCAUUGGAACAUGAAGAAAGCAAAACCCUGCGUUUCCAACUAGAGCUGUCUCAGAUCAAAGCAGAAUUUGAAAGAAAACUUGCGGAAAAAGAUGAAGAGACUGAAAAUAUAAGGAGAAACCAGCAGCGUAUAAUUGACUCUCUUCAAUCCACAUUGGACGCAGAAACAAAGAGUAGAAACGAGGCUCUUCGAAUAAAGAAAAAGAUGGAAGGAGAUCUAAAUGAAAUGGAAAUCCAGCUGAGCCAUUCUACUCGGCAGGCUACAGAAGCGACUAAAUCAAUGCGUUCUCUACAGGCCCAAAUCAAGGACCUGCAAAUUCAGUUGGAUGAUACUAUGCACUUGGCUGAGGAUUUGAAGGAACAAUCAGCUGUUAGUGACAGAAGAAGCAAUCUCCUCCAGACUGAAGUUGAGGAACUCAGGGCAGCAUUGGACCAGACGGAACGUACACGUAAGCUGGCAGAGCAUGAACUUUUGGAAGCUACAGAAAGAGUCAACCUCCUCCAUUCUCAGAAUACAAGUCUCAUUAACCAGAAGAAGAAGCUGGAGAGUGACAUCUCUCACAUGCAGAGUGAAGUAGAGGAAGCCAUACAGGAAUGCAGAAACGCCGAAGACAAAGCAAAGAAAGCCAUAACUGAUGCUGCCAUGAUGGCAGAGGAACUUAAAAAAGAACAAGAUACCAGUGCCCACCUUGAGAGGAUGAAAAAGAACAUGGAACAGACGAUCAAGGAUCUCCAGAAGAGACUGGAUGAAGCAGAACAAAUUGCCCUCAAAGGAGGCAAAAAGCAAAUUCAGAAGUUAGAAUCCAGGGUGCGGGAACUAGAAAAUGAACUAGAAGUAGAGCAGCGUCGGAAUGCUGAGUCACUGAAAGGAGUUCGAAAAUUUGAAAGGCGCAUCAAGGAGCUAAGCUAUCAGUCUGAAGAAGACAGGAAGAAUCUGAUCCGGAUGCAAGAUUUGACUGAUAAAUUGCAGCUUAAAGUGAAAAGUUACAAGCAUCAAGCUGAGGAAGCUGAGGAACAAGCCAAUCAGUACUUGACAAAAUAUAAAAAACUGCAGCAUGAGCUUGAUGAUGCUCAGGAGAGGGCUGACAUAGCCGAAUCUCAAGUAAACAAGCUACGGAGCAAAACAAGAGAUGUUAGUGGAAAGGUCCGUGAAGAGGAGUGA